AUGCCGGCAUAUCAUUCAACGUUUCUAGUAGACCCACAGAGUGAUCGUAUGGUUGGGAAUUUUGUUCUAUUACCAUUAAACACAAAAUAUAGAGGACCAGCAUAUCAAGCGGACUCAGAUUAUGAUAUAAUUGAUGAGUGUCUUGAUUUAUUCCGUGCGAACUCGCUGUUCAAAAACUUUGAAAUCAAGUCACCUGCUGAUCGGGUGCUUAUAUACGGGAUCUUGUUUAUCAACAACUGUUUGGCCCAAUUGAGAUCGUCUACAAGUGAAAGGGAGGCCGUUAAGGUGCUAACGAAUCUGGCGUUGGAUAAUUUUACCCUCCCUGGGACAGCAUCGUUCCCACUCAACAAUGUGUAUUCUGUGCCGGUGGACGAUGUAGCACAGAUGGACUUGUUGAAAACGUAUCUUGCACAAUUCCGGCAGGAAUUAGCAAUGCGGUUGAUUAACAGAGUCUACCAAGGUUCUGAAGCUAUGCCUUCGAAGUUUUGGUUGGCGUUUACACGGCGGAAAUUCAUGAAUAAGUCUUUAUAA